AUGUAUCUCAAGCGCGUCCACUUGUCCAUUUGUGCGCUGCUUUCAGUGGCCUACGCGGAGUUUCCACUACUCUUUCCUGCCUCAUCCGUGUACCAGAUCACCUCCUCGCUGUCCGUGCCCGUGGUUAUACCCGAUCUCAAGUUGUUCUGGGAUUGGGGUCUACAAAUGAACUAUGCGCUGCCCAAUAAGCCGGCAUCCUUCUAUGCAGCCACGAUUUGGCCAGAUGAGUUCUCGCGGCGUGGCAAGCGGCAGCUGCGCAACGAGACGAGCAAGUACGUGCCACAGGGGACAGACAUGCAUCCCAGCGAUUUCACAGCGGGCGAACUCUACGAGAGCCUGGAGAGCAUGCUCACUCGCUAUGGUUUCGACGAGUCCUGCCUGCUGCGCAGCGUGUGCGAGCUGGCGCGGCAUCCCUUUGACGACUCGCUGCAGAAUAUGCUGACGGGUCUGCUGACCUUUACACUGACGCCAUCGCUGCACGAGGCUUUUGCGCCCAGCGAGACGCUCUAUCGAGAGGUCUACGAGCAGGCGGAGCAGCAGGGAUUUCUGGGUCAAAAUUGUGCCGAACUGUAUGCCAAUUGCAAGGUGGAUUUUCUCUCUGCUAUAAGCAGUCUACUAAGCUAACACAGCGCUAACCCUUGGUAUUACUAGCA